UUGCUGAGUGCACGCAGAAAGCAGCUACGCAGGAGAGAGGGGCAGAAGCCGAAUGGUGGAGCUGAAGAUGGCGGAUGGAGACAGCGGGAGUGAGCGAGGUGGUAGUAGCGGGGGAGGAGGUGGAGGCGGCUUCCAGCACUUCCAGAGGGACCAGGAGACUCAGGAGCUGGCGUCCAAGCGCCUUGACAUCCAGAACAAACGCUUCUACCUGGACGUCAAGCAGAACAGCAAGGGCAGGUUCAUCAAAAUCGCCGAGGUAGGGGCCGGGGGCUCGAAAAGUCGCUUGACCCUCUCCCUGUCAGUGGCGGCGGAGUUCCGGGACUACCUCGGGGAUUUCAUCGAGCACUACGCCCAGCUGGGGCCUAGCAGUCCGGAGCAGAUAGCCCAGGCCAGCGUGGGUGAGGACGGCGGCCCCAGGCGAGCUCUCAAGAGCGAGUUUCUCGUCCGGGAAAACCGCAAGUACUACCUGGACUUGAAGGAGAACCAGCGGGGGAGGUUCCUGCGGAUCCGGCAGACCGUAAACCGGGGACCUGGUUUUGGAGUUGGGGGCCCCGUGGGCGGCAUGCUGGCUGGCCAGACCAUAGCCCUUCCGGCCCAGGGGCUAAUAGAGUUUAGAGACGCCCUCGCUAAGCUCAUUGAUGACUACGGGGGAGACGACGAGGAGCUGGCCGGGGGCAUGGCCGCCGGGGGCUACAGCGAGCUUCCCGAGGGCACCUCCAUCAUGGUGGACUCCAAACGGUUCUUUUUCGACGUCGGCUCCAACAAAUACGGAGUGUUCCUGCGCGUGAGCGAGGUGAAGCCCAGCUACAGGAACUCUAUCACCAUCCCGUUCAAAGCCUGGAGCAAGUUCGGAGGCGCGUUCAGCAGAUACGCCGAGGAGAUGAAGGAGAUCCAGGAGAGGCAGCGGGAUAAGAUGUACGAGAGGAGAGACGAGUCCGAGGGGGAUGACGUGGAUGACGACUGAGAACAUCCAGCGGAACAGCUGUUAGUCCAGUUACACGACAGAUCUGCAAUAUAGGGUAUUUUGAAAAAAUAAAAAAAAGACAGAUAAAGUGCAUGACAAAUCGUGCUGUAAUAGCCUACUAAAGUAUUGUGGCGUAAAAAAAAAAGUACAUGUGCAGGGAAUUAUUGGUGUAUUAUCCUAAAGUUUGUAGGGUUGAGGGUUGGAGUGGUUGUGUGAAUCUCUGAAAGUGGGGAAAAAAAAGUGGACUAAAUGUGUAAAUGAGAUGAAACUCAUUGGCUGAAAAAAGAGUGAGUUAUGCUUUAUUGUAAAAAAAAAAAGAAGAAGAAGAAAGAAAGAGAACAUACUCAAACCAGCAGAUUGGUUUUUAUAACAGAGAUGAAGCCGAUGAA